GUUACCCGCAGUCAGCACAGCGUGGGCGGCGGAGCAUUCUGGAUACGCUGCAGUUUUGCGUCUCAAACAGCCUGCUUUUUCUUUUCUGUUCAAGUUGACCAGCCAUGUCAGAUAACCAAGAUACCGAGGCGUUAUCGGGAGAGUGCGGGGACACACAGGAAUCUCAGGAUCCGAACUCAAAUCCUGUAAGGACAGAAGAGGCCAAACUAAAAGCGAAGUAUCCCAACCUGGGCCAAAAACCCGGAGGAUCCGACUUUUUGAUGAAAAGACUUCAAAAAGGACAAAAGUAUUUCGAUUCAGGUGAUUACAACAUGGCCAAAGCAAAGAUGAAGAACAAGCAGUUACCAGCAGCGACCGGCCCAGAGAAGAGCAUCGUCACGGGGGAUCACAUUCCGACUCCGCAGGACCUGCCGCAGAGAAAGUCCUCCUUAGUCACGAGCAAACUGGUCGGCUAAAGUGCUACCUCAGAUCCUGAGUGACUUCAUCCCAAAUCUUCUCAACUCCAGAGCUCCACCAAGGUUGUGCACUAUUUGCUAUAUAUUUUCAGUUGUAAAUCUUAGGUUGUAGGUUACUUAUCAACACCAUAUCAGCACCGCUGGCGUAAUCCGCCACAGCCAUCGCAACACAAGGCUAGGGAGUAAUCAUGUUAGUAACGGGACACUGGACUAAUGCACUUUAUGAUCUAUACACCUACACCUGCUCCAAAAGUUCCAUUAGACAUGUUGUGGAGGCCACCGAAGCAGAGGUUUGAUUCUGAAUCAGUUAUACCAAAAACAUUUAGAAGU